ACUGAUCAAUACAAGCCUAGGCGGUCCCGAUUUGGUUCUUGUUGAAGGAAUAUCUCGCAAGGAUGUCGGAACAGACCUACACAUUUGAGGACUACUUUGAGGAGGGGCUCAUGAGAUUGAACGGGUGCUGUGGAUUUGCCUUGGAGAUUGGCGAUUCCUUGACCAAGCUUGCUUACAUUGAACCAGCCCCAGAAGAGCCGAGGGAAGCAGGCUGGAGUCCUUACCGUGUGAAUUACAGAAUAAAACUGCUGACCUUCACCGUGCUUGAGAACGCCCUGGCUUAUAUGAAAGAGCAUGUAACGAAAGGCCUGGACCUGAAUUACCCUAAGACCCUGAAACUGGGUACUGGGCCCGGUUUUGCCAAGCAUAAGGAGAAGAUAGAGACAGCAUUAGGACUCAAACUUGAAGAGGAGAGCGACUCUGUCAGUCCUGGACAGGGAUUAUUCUAUGGUGUGACGAAACUUGGCAAGGCGUUUUUCAAAGAUGUCGUUUAUUCCCCUGCAAAAGACAAAGUUGCUGGAGAUCUAGACAAGUUCAAGUCAGACGUUGCCAGAUUCCAGACUGAAAUGGACAAUGAAAAAGUUGAGGACCAACCAGACCCAGAAGACUGUGAGGCCGUUUGGAAACUCGAGGAAAAGAACCUGAAAAAAUAUCUUCCAAGUCUAGUAGUAUCAAUGGAUGAAUCAAAAUGCACACUGGUUAUGGGUGAAAACAUGUAUGAAGACAUUCCCGUCGAAAAGACGUCCCAGGCAAAAGAAACAGUCACCCAGGCUCUGCGAGUUGCUCGAGAAAAAAAAGUUGUGGUCGGCGUGUUCUUUCAUGGUGAAUUCUGUCGGGAUAAUCGCCAAGCUAUGGUAGAAGCGCUGAAGGGGCUACCAAUUCAAGACAUGAAAAACACUGGUGGUGCCCUUGUCGCGGGUGUUGUGCGCCAUCCAAGCUAUCUAAAGAUAAUUGGAACACUGAUGGAGAAGGUACACUUCAUGAGGCUGCUGAUGAUCUGCCCCUGUGGACCACCCGCUGAAUAUUGUGAGGAACCACUGGUUUGUUCUUCCCCCUAGAAGAAUUCUCAUGCAACGUCACCCAAGAGAUUCAAAAUCAUGACCUCCAGGCAUUAUGCGUCAAAUCCUGGUUCAAUUUGCUAUUGUACACCAUGACGGCAUAGCACAGCUGAAAGCAACAAUAGUUAAUCACCAGCUACCUCACCUUCAGAAUUAUUUCAUUACUGUAUAUCAAACUGUUUUGUGCAAUCAUCAAAUAUAUUUGUGACCAGCCCAUAUAACGUGGAUUUAUUGUCAACCAAGUUUCAGUCACUCUUAUCACCCUAGUACUCACCUCAACUCAAAUUGUCAACUCACCACGGACAACGGAAAGCAAAAUUAGAUAAAGGUGUCAUGACAAUUGGCUGGACACAUAUUAUUUUCUCCCAAUAUACUCCUGUUAACAGAUAAUGUUUAAU